UGGGUCUCAGUGCCACCACCUGUGCCGGCGGCCUCGCUCUCCUCCGCUCGCCUGUUCAGCCAUUGCAGUGCGGGGCAAGGGACACGACCACCCAAUGUGCCUGUGAAAAACCCACUUUCGUACGCGUUGUCUGGCCCAUAGAAAGAGAGAGAGAGAGAGAGAAAGGAAAGGAGAAAAGAGAGGAGAACGGAAAAAAUGCUCAUCAAGGAAUUCCGGGUUAUCCUGCCAGUCACAGUCGAAGAGUACCAAGUGGCGCAGCUGUACAGUGUUGCGGAGGCCAGCAAAAAUGAGACGGGAGGUGGAGAAGGAAUUGAGGUGCUCAAGAACGAACCCUUCGACAAUUACCCUCUCCUUGGGGGCAAAUACUGCAAGGGCCAAUACACCUAUAAAAUAUACCAUCUCAAAAGCAAAGUACCAGCAUUUAUACGACUGCUCGCACCUGAGGGAUCGUUAGAGGUACAUGAAGAAGCUUGGAAUGCCUACCCAUAUUGCAGGACCGUCAUAUCGAACCCAGGCUAUAUGAAGAAAAACUUUGUCAUUUCCAUUGAGACCCUUCACGUUGCUGACAUGGGGACGACGGAGAACGCCCACGAACUAACUGGAGAUAAGCUGAAGAUGCGAGAGGUUGUGACCAUUGACAUCAGCAACGACCCAGUCAAGCCAGCUGACUACAAGCCCUCUGAAGAUCCCACGAAGUUCAAAUCGGAGAAGACAGGGCGAGGACCUCUGGUAGGACCCCAGUGGUGGAAGAAGUGUGAUCCCGUCAUGACCUGUUACAAGCUGGUGACAUGCGAGUUCAAGUGGUUCGGACUCCAGACUCGCAUUGAGAAGUUUAUUCAGGAUGUUGAACGAAGACUUUUCACCAAUUUCCAUAGGCAAGUUUUCUGCUGGAUGGACAGAUGGCACGGAUUGACCAUGGAAGACAUUCGGCGAUUGGAAGACAAGACAAAGGAAGAACUUGACCAGCAAAGACAGGUUGGCGAGGUGCGAGGAACGAAGGGCGAAUAAAUACACAAGGCACUCCACACUGGCAAUGCAGAAAAAUACAAGCUCCCAGACGAAGAUGGACUACCCACUCAAGUCGAGAGGUCGAUCAUUCAGCACUACAGGAAAUAUUGGGUCUAUUGCAGUCGUUGAUUUCAUUGACCUGCAUCCAGUACAUUCAUAAGUAAUAGGGAGGAGAGCAAAUAAGUCGUAAGGGGAGACAGUGAACGUGUGUCAAGGUUAUGACAUCUGGAAAACCUGCUCUUUACUUUCUGAGUUGGUGAAAUACGAGUACUUUUUUUUCCCAAAUCAAAAAUCCUAGUUGUUUCUUUGUUAUAUCUCUAUGAGGAUAUGGCUUCGUGAUCUGAAACGUGUCCUCCACUUCCAUCAUGAGAAACUUGUUAAUCAUGUUUGCAGAAUUGUUAUAUUGAAUAGAGUUGUCUUGGGAAUAAAGCAUGCAUUCAGUAUUAUCAACUGACAGUUCAGUCUUCACUUUCAAUUAGAAAAAAAAAAUCUUCAACCCCACUUUUAACAUGAUACAAAAAAAUAGAUGAAAAGAGUAAGAAUAUAGAAAGAGGUAGUAAUUAGAAGAUAGGAUAAGACAUGAAAAAAUAUCUAGGGCUGACUAGUAAAAAAAUACAAAAAGACAAGACUCGAGGAGUCAUAAGUUAUUAAUGUAGAGACUCAUACAGACAUGCUGGUGAAUAAAGGAGUGAAGGACUUUUCAUUCUAAAGAUUUUGAAUCUCGGCUUUGUGAAAAUAUUUUGUUAUCAUUUAUAUAGUAUUUAUUGUUUUCUUCUUUUUAUUUCUUACUUCUCUAUUGAAAAUGUAUCCUUUGUUUCCCUGCUGUUAAUAACAAAGUAACUCUUAUUUUACCUGGCGUGGCUUUUGAUCAAAAUAUUAAGGUAAAAGUGAUGGCAAAUAAGCAUGUUUAAAACUUUUGUUGUUGUUGUUAUAGUUACCAUUAAUAUAAUGAUUAUACUGAUGCUAUAUUUUGAUAGUAAUGAUGAUAUCAUUAUUAUAUUUUAUUUUAUUCCAUUAUCAUUUACCAUAUUUGUCAUGGUGAAUGGUACUUAGUUGAUAAAACAACUGUUAUGAGUAACUUAAGUUCUCCAUUGGAUACAUUACUGUCAUUGACUGAAUAUGAUAAAUACUGUUGCAUUUGCAAUAUUUCUUGUAAUGCUGAAUUGUUUCCAAAUAUGAAAUUCCAGUGUACUCCCUUUGUCAAGUGAAAUGAGUUCUGCUACUUGUUCAGAUCUGACAAUAAUGUAUAAAUACUAGUCCCAUUACUUCACAAAAGUUAGAGUAUAUUAUUUAUUUUUUUAGUUCUGAAAGUGAAAAAGAUGUAAAGGGAAAUGAAAUCUCCAUCACUUGUUUUGUGAAGACGUGGUCCUUUUAACAGUUUGUUUAGUAAUUUAUUUAAAUGAAUAUCUGACACUUGUCAUAAAUUAAAACUCCAUAUUUCAAAACUAUCGUUCCAUGUAGAAAUUGAACAGAAAUUUGAAAGUAUAGAGUUACUAGUGGAAUAAUACUGUGUAUGAAUAUUAAUCUGAAUCUCAAUCAUUGCCAGUUCAGUGAAGGAAAACAUACAAAUGGUAAACGAAGAACGGUGAAUUAGGGCCGACUGGUCUGUCUGAGGAAUUAUUGAGCAUAGAUUAAAUUUAGUUGGUGAGUUGUGAUUGUUGUUCUGACUGACAUGUGAUUAGUGUUUGUUUGCGUUGUUGAACAGGUUGGUGGUUGUGUUAGUUGAGAGAUUAACAGUAGUGUAUCCCUGUGCUGUUAAUAUAACGUGAUAACAGGAAAAAAAAAAUGUAGGUUGUAAAUUGAGAAGGGAAGAUCAUUCUCCUUGUAGGAUCCAAGUGAGUGAGACGUGGUUAUUAGCCAGUGGCUUCAUGGAAAACAAAUUCUGGAGGUGACCUAGACAGCCUUGAGUAUGUCCACUCCCUACAUAGAACUGCAUUCAUCUAGAGAAGUUUAGUGAACAUACCAUUUAUUUGAGAAAAUAGACCUCAGGGCAAAGAUGAAAUGAGCUCUGCAGUAACCUUGCCUAGUUUGAGCCAGCAUUCUCUAACUUGACUUUAAGCAUUGAAACAAAUUUCCAUUUAGAACCAGUAAUAAGAAGAUAUACCUUUUUUUGCUGGUAAGUGUCAUUGGUUGGAAGCUUUCAUUUAGGGUAAUUAUAGACUUGAGUACAGUAAAAACAGUGCUGGUUUUAUGAGAAGUCAUGUACUUUUGAAAAUUACGAAUUAAUUGCAAAGAGAAUUUUAAGAUCAGCUAUAGGAAAUUCUGAGAUUAGUUUAUUAACAUCUUGAUCAGAAAACUACUCAUGUCAUAGUUGAAAUAAAAAAAUCUGUGCCCACAUCCCUUCCUAAGCCCCCCACUCCUUCCCUCCCUCCUCCCUCCUUAUCCCCCUGUUUCCCAGAAAUGCACAUGGCUUUCAGAUAAAACUAAAUCACUAGACCUGUAACAUUUCGGCAUUUUGAAUAGAAGUGGAUAAUGUUUAGCACGGAACGAUUCUUUCGUCUUCUUUUUCUCAUCUCAUUUUUCCCGCAGUUCUAAGAAAGUCAAUUAUUUACUGGGAAAUGUAGAUGUAACAUCAUUAGCUACGAGUAAUUACAUUGAAGGUAGAGAGACUCCUUCUAAGUUGCGUAUCUUUUAAGUGAUGGAUCUAGACUAGGUUUCUCUCUCAUUAUUCACAUAUUGCUAAUAUCUAAUGAUGAUGUUUGUGUAACAGUUUGUUAUGUCUGAAAUAGAUGAGACUUACAGAUUGUUAACGGAUGCAAGACUGUUGACAUUACUGUUGUUGGUGGAAUUUGCGUAUUCUCUGCUAUGUUUCUGAGGCUGCUCAUUUUGAAAUAAUAAAAUGACCAAAAUGUUAGCAGGUUAAUGUUAUCAUCUGGGAUCAUAUGUAGUUCAAACUGUGUGCUUUUAGAUUGAGCUAAGAUUUGUGAUAGCCUGUGUUCCCGUUUUGUUUCGGCACUAGAGGCUGACCCUUUCAGGAAUGCCGUUAAGUAUCCUAAUAGAUCUCAUGCCAUCACCCUCUGUGGAACAAAAUGAAUAGUGAUGAUCUAGUAGAUAUAGUAGACUGUUUUUAAAAGAUUUCUCUUAUUUUUAUGAUUGUUAUGAUUAUUUUUUUAUUUUCAUUUCUUGUCUAGAGAUAGAUUUCUAUUUUCCUUUGCUCCAGCUGUUGAACAUAACACGUGUUGCAUAUUAGAGGCACUCACAUGCAUUCCAGGUAUAGUUCUUUGUUGCUUCAGUUCUAACAGCUUGAUAUUCAAGUACCAACUACGCUCAUUUUUUGAGUUCAACGCGUGUAUUAAGUUAGCACAGUUGUAAAUAUGGAAAGCACCAGUGUUAAACAGAACAAGCAGCGGCUUCAUUUAUUCCUCCCUUGAGGGCUAACCCACAAAUGGGGGAAGAGUGCCAAAGAUAUCGUGGGCAACACAGAGAGAAAGAAAAAAAAAAGAAACAUCUUUCUGGCAAAAACUUACGUAGAGAGAACAGAUUGGUAUAUGUAUGUUGAUCAGAUGACAAUUUCAUUAACUGAUAAGAAUGUUGUAUUUAAAACUUCUCUGUUGCUUGCUACGUUGGUUUUUGGCAUCUCUACUUUCCAAGUAUUUUUUUCUUUAUUUUUUGUUUGUUUUGGUAUUAUUUUCUGAAUUUAUUUUUAAUAUUAUUUUUUUUUCUAUUUGUGUAUAGAAUCAUUCCAUUAAACUGUGCAGUUGAUCAUGAAUCUGAUUUACCUGUUAUGUGAAACUGUAGUGAUUACUUAGCUUAUCUGUUGUUGAACACCUGAGAAAAUGUAUGAUAAAUGGAUAUGCUCUGUGUGUUGAACAUUGUUUACUGAAGAAAGCAGUAUAGAAAAGAAAAAAGUUCAGAGUCAGUUGCUUGUUUGACAUAUUUGUGAAACUGGUUAGGUAGAAAUUUGAAAGAGAAGUUUCAUGAAGUAUAGUUAUGCAUUAUUUGUUUACAAGGACUACUAAAAAGACAAUAUACGCAUUUUGUGGUCUUUGAACUAGGGUUAUAAAUUGUAGAGAAAAUGUAUCAUUUACUGUUCUGUGAAAAAGAAAUGGGAGAUUUUAAUAUACUAAAGUAUCAGUCAAAAUAUCUCCAUGGCAUGUGAAAUAUGUAAAAGAAUGGAUAAAACUCCAAACAAGUAACAAAAUAGACUCACGUGAAAGACCCAAUGAAAGAAGAAAAACAGAAGUAGCUACAGUUUGUUACUGAUGAUACAUUUUAAUGCUUUUUUUAUCUCGUAAGUCUCACUUUGUUCCAUUCAUAGUCAUUAUUGUGAUGAAUUUCUUGAUAUUACUGAUAUCUGUUGAGCAUAAUAUAAUGCUGAUGAUUUUGUAUCCACAAUUUCAGUUCAUAUCACAAUCAUCAGUAAUCCUCCAUCCAGAUAUCUCAAGCCGCAUCAUCUAAGGUAACGAGCAGUCCCUCACAUGUAUCUAAAGCAACCAGACCAUGUCCAAUAUUCCAUGGUAGUCGAACCAUUCCUCACAAAUCAGCGGUUAAACUAAGCCAUUCCUCACAAUUUUCAGUGGUUAACUAAGACCAUUCCUCACAGUUCAGCCGUUAACCAUUUUUCAUAUUCUACUAAGACGCACUACCAUUCCUCAUUAUAGGCAGUAGCUUUGCCCUUGAUCUGAACUGUUUUUCCAGUAGUUCAGUGGGCAUAUAAAAAGGGUUUGUGGAGGCAGAUGGAACUACCUCUUAUAAUCUGCAGGAGGUUCAUGGCAAGUGGAUUUCACAAUCAGUAAUCAAAAUUUGUUUCGUCAUGUCUCAGACUGGCUACAUUUGGUCAUUUCAGAGUGUGCACCAAAAUCAUGUGUGAUGGCUUUUUAGCAAUAUUCUAAUAUAUAUUUUUGUUGGAAUUAUGGUAUCUGUUACAGAUAUGGUUGGUUCAGUAAUGGAAUAAUAAAAGAUAUUGUUAUUUGUUCCCAUUGUAUAUAUAUUCUGAGUAUCAAAUAACUUUCAUGCUCCUCAACAUACAUAUUGGAAGAACUAAGUAUUUUGGUCAGGAGAAAUACUCCUGUUUUCUAUCUGACUUACAAAAUUAUUUGAAUUAUGCAAAUUUAGAGGAAGAGAAGUGCUGUCAUUUGUGUAGGUGAGGGGAGAGUGAGUGUGUAUCUUGACAGGAACCAUCACAAUCCCUCAUUUAUAGCCUUCUUUCCCCAAAGUCAUAGAUAGUAAAGAAAUGCCCCAUGAAAACCCAUUUCUGCUCUGUUUACUUAACCCUCAGGUACAUAUAAUUUUUUCUUUGUAAAUAUAUUUUUAGCAUGUUAUCUUAUACUCACAUUUUUUUGUUCUUGUUGCAUCUUGUUUCUCAUGUUUCUUAAAUUUAUCUGUUUAUAUAUUUUGCCUUCAAGCCUUGUCUCACGCUCCCCUUGAAGAUUGGCUCAUGCUGUAUUCAAAUCACUCGCACUUUCAUGGGCCUUUGACCCUCUAGACUUGCCUUGCCGUAAAAAAUGUCAUUGUUUACAUACAUACAUUUCUUUCUCAUAUCAGUCAGUAUUUAUAAUGCACUGCAAUUUUAAUUCAAUCAAAUUUAUACAUCAUUCUAUUUUUUUAUGGGUAUUUGUUAAGUUCAUAAUAUGUUGUUUGAUAUUUUAAUAAUCUGCUGUACCUUGUUCCUGAUUGUUAAUGUUUUUUGCAUCUUUGUGACCAGGCAUUGUGUAUUUGUGAGGAGUGUACAGUAAGUGAACAUUUAAAAUAAUGACUUAGUAAGAGAAGAUAAUGUAAUGCUGUAUUAGUCCAAAUAUAAUAUGUUCAGA